AUGAAUAAAUUGUCAUUUCAAGAUAGUCUUGUUACCUCAACGUCUUCAAAUGAUGAUGUGUCAUCAGCAAUUCAAACAAAAGAUUUUAUUGCUUUGAGUAUUGGCGUUAUUUCUGUUUUAUUGGUUAUUCUCGUAGUUGUCAUUUGUAAAUGGUCCGAAUGGUCAUGUUUGAAAAAACGUAAUAACACUCAUCAUUUAAUUCUUCCACCAGCAUCAUCAACAACAGCUACAUCGACACCUCGACAUAAUCAAGAGUCAGAUAUUUUACGUCGAUCUUUUCAUAGUGUUCAAAAUCAUAAUUAUCGUUCUCCACCAACAUUUCGUUUAGACAGCAUUAUACCACCACAAAUACCCAUGAAAAUGACAACAUUAAAUGUACAACCACAUGUUGUACCGCGAAUAUCGAUUAGUCCACAAAUAUCGGGAUCAUCACUAACUACUCAACAAUAUUCACCAUACAAGUAA